ACCUGGUCAUUAACACAAGUUAUACGCGGUUUGCAAUUGGCCUGGUGGGGUACUUUGUUAGCCUUUAAAAAUCGUCAUUUACACAAACAUACAUAUGUUAAAACAACUUUCAUUUUAGUCAUAUUCAGUAUAAUAUUAUAUUUACUCACCUCAACUUUAUUUCUGAUUCCACUUAAGCUAAUUCAACUUCUCGUUUACUUAUUUUCUUUUAUAUUUCGGUAUGAUCAUAGUUUAUAUACUGAAAAUUAUAAUGCUUGGAUAACGAAUUAUGUAUUCAAUUUACCAUUUCUGGGAUUGAUGUUUAUGAGAUACAUAUAUCCACAACCAUUAGACUCUUUAUUUGUAGAAUCACUUCAUCACGUAGAUUUAACAUAUAUUAAAAAACAUGAAGGGGAACAAUCUUUACGACCACCAUAUGCACCAGCAUUAGAAAGAUAUCCUUAUGGAACAGAUUAUUGGAAUGAGAUGUUCCAAUAUUUAAAAAGAACAUGGAAUAAAAUUAAAAUAGCGACAAUAUUAUACUUUCUUUCAUUAUUACCAUUUGUUGGUAUGUUUGUAUAUCCGGUAGCAAGUGCUUAUGCUCUUGUUGAUUCUCUUGGACAUUUUCCUGCUAUAACAAUUGGCGUAUUUAUGUACGUUAUACCUGGCACAAAAAAUUUUACUAUGAUUUUCUUGGAAAGUUUGUAUUCUUCUAGAGCUAUGAUGAGAGAAUUACUAGAACCUUAUUUUGGUAGAGUUCAUUUUGACGCAAAAGUUAGAAGAAAAUGGUUUAGAGAAAGAGAAGGAAUUCUAUUUGGUUUCUCUAUUGGAUUUUAUCCUUUGGUUAGGUUACCAUUGCUUGGAAUGUUAUUCUACGGUGUUGCACAGUCAGCUACCGCUUUGAUAUUAGUAAAGACCACAGAACCACCACCUCCACCU